AUGCAAGAAUCAAAAGUAAUUAUUUUGGAAGGUUCUAAUUUUUUCAGACAAUAUUUGGUUUAUUCAAUUUUAAGUGGAAGAAGGAUAUCUAUAAGAAAUAUUAGGCCAUAUGAUGAUUCUCCUGGAAUUAAAGGCACACAAGUUGACUUCUCGCCUGGAACUUUGCAAGGAGGGAGUUUUGAAUUUCAAUGUGGAACUGAACGUUGUAUCAGUUAUUUUCUUGAGCCCCUCAUUUUUCUUGCGCCGUUUUGUAAAAUUGCAAUAAAUGGAAACCUUAAAGGAUUGACAAAUGUGCCUGACGAGCUAAGCGUAGAUGCUAUUAAUAAUACAUGGUUACCAGUUUUUUCGCGUUUUGUACCAACAGAUGAUGAUUUAUACUUAAAGAUUAAUGCCAGAGGUUUUUUGCCAGAUGCAGGUGGAUCUGUAACAUUUUGCAGUCCAAUAAAAAAGAAUUUGAGACCUGUCCAAUUUGUAAAACCUGGAAAAAUAUGCAAAAUUCGAGGUCUUGCUUAUGUUUGUAAAGUUUCCCCUUCAAUUGCUUCGAGAAUGAUUGAAGCAGCAAAGAAGAUGUUGCAUGGAUAUAUUUCUGAUGUUUACAUAACUAUUGACCAACGAAAAGGUCCCCAAGGAGGAUUGUCCCCAGGUUUUGGAAUUUUUAUAACCGCUUCGACUACAGAAGGUGUCAGUUAUUUUGGUGAAGCAAUGUCUAAUCCAAAAGAUUCUCAAAAAGUUCAAUUGAUUCCUGAAGAAAUUGGAGCAGAAGCGGCAAAGCGUUUAUUAAACGAAAUUUAUAAGGGUGGAUGUACUGAUUCUUCAGCCCAAGCUUUAGCUACAACAUUUAUGACGCUUUGUGAUAAAGAUGUUUCAAAAUUUUUGUUUGGUCCUUUGUCAUUUUAUUGUGUCCACACAAUGAGAAAUUUACGUUUAUUUUUUAAUCACACAUUUAAAUUGGAUGAAUUAUGGAAAUUAGAAAAAAAGGAAUUUGAUGAAGAAAAGAAGAGGAGAUGUACUGGAAGUGAAGAUAAAUGUUUGUUAACUUGUGUUGGUAUUGGUUAUUAUAAUAUAAACAAAAUAUUAAUUUAA